AUGGAAGUUGAAAGAGUUUUGCACAUGAAUGGAGGGCAUGGAGAAUCUAGCUACGCCCAUAACUCAAGUUUUCAGAAAUCAGAGAUGCUGAAGGUAAAGCUUCUUAUAGAGGCUACCAUAAAAGAUAUGUACAAUAUUAAUGGUGGCUUCCCUGAGUGUUUGAAGAUAGCAGAUUUGGGUUGCUCAUCCGGACCAAACACCCUCUUUGCCGUCUCCGAGAUCAUAGACAUUGUUCAUGGUUGUUGCAAGCAAAACGGUCACAAUAAGACUCCUCCUGAGUUUCAAGUGUUCCUAAAUGAUCUUCCAGAAAAUGACUUCAACACAGUUUUCAAGUCUCUGUCUUGUUUCUUUGACAAGCUCAAGAAGGAGAAAGGAGACCAAUUUGGGCCCACUUUCAUAUUGGCAAUGCCAGGCUCUUUCUAUCAGAGGCUUUUCCCAAGCAAGAGCUUGCACUUUGUUCAUUCCUCUUUCAGUCUUCACUGCCUCUCCUAG